AUGCUUCCUUGCAAACCAGACCCAGUUAUGGCACGCCAUGCAUGUUUACCCCUUUUUGUGAGAGCAGUGAGCCAAAGUUCUGUGUGUCAUGGAUCGCUGAGUCUUGAUCACCAUAGAGAUACGAGAGUAGGAAACACUUGCAUCCAUCAGGCCAGGUUGAAAAUUUCCUUGACACCCAUACAGCCGAGACAUAGCACUAGGAUGUCGGACUUGACAAGUACAACAAGAGUAUUAAUAGCCUUGAUCGGGAGGCGCCUUCUCGGAACUAUCCAUAAUCCUGCUGUUCUGGAAAAUGUAGCAGAAAUAAAUCAUGUAUUUGCCUAUCUGUAUUAUGAAAUGUUAGAAGAAACCCAACACAAAGUUAAGAAUCAAGUAUAUGAUUAG